ACUACAACCCUGUUCUCCAAAAACUGUCAAAAUUUCUGACAUCUUUUCCAUCACUUCCAUUGUGAAGUUUUUGCUAGUUCUCGAUAGCCGACGUUUUUUCCCAGCAAGAAGCAAUCCUCUCGUGAAAAUAUCAAGACAUAAAAAUGAACUUUUCCAGAGUAAUUGUUCGCAGCCUCACCACCUCCGGCGCUCAACGUGCUGUCGCCAAGGGAGAAGUUGAGAAGGGCUACUUUGAAUUGAAAAAAGUACAAGAACAUUUCCAAAAGAAGGACGGCAAACCUGUGUUCUUGAAAGGUUCCACCUUCGAUCAAGUUUUGUACCGCGUUACCGUUGCCCUCGCUUUGGUUGGCGUUGGUGGUAUGGGAAAAUUGUUUUAUGAUUUGUCGGUCCCCAAAUCAGAAUAAAUACAGAAUAUGUGUUUAGAAAAUGUUAGUCAUUGUAAGAACCUUUGUCGCCCUAAUACCGUAGCCUCAAUUCCUAUAUUUCUGUGUUAGAAAGCAUUUUAGAGCAUUUCUUCCAUUUCAGAAAUUCUAUGGACAACUUGUAUGCCGUGUGUACCGUGUUGGUUCUGUUAACGAUUUUUAAACAUUCUUUAAAAAGCAUUUUUAAGAAACAUAGAAAUAUAUGAAUGUUAAGCUAAAAAGUGUAAA